AUACUUCCUUAAAAUUUUAAUGGCUAUUUUAUUUAAAUGAUGACUCCCAGGAUACACCCUGGAAAUAAUAUGUUAAUUACCUGCUUAUUAAAUUGUUCACUGACUACUAAUUACGUAAGUUUAACAUCCACAAUAUCACAACAUGUUAAUCUUCCGUGAUGUAAAGUUAUUUUCUGUCUCAAUACCCUAAAUCCUUCAUGUUAUUAGUUGAAGCAAUCAUAGGCUAUCAAUUAGCCACAAUCUCUUGGACAGCAGAGAUUAAAUUUUUAAGUCUCUUAAAUCUCUAUAAGUUCUCCUCUCAAAAGGCAAUGAUGCUGCAAAUACUUUUGUUCACAUACACAUCCACACCCUAUCUUUGCAGAAAUAGGCUGGAAGUGGGUUAGAUAUGAUUAACUAUUAUGCCACUGCUUGAUUGAACCAUUGUGACAGGUGACCCCUAUGGAGAAAUAGGGCUAAGACGAAAGCCUUAGAUGUACUCUGAUAAGAAGAACAUCAUGAGAAUAUUCCACAACUGUUUAAAGGGAUACAAUACGGACCCCUUUAUUAGACAUAUUUAUUCCACGGACCCUCCUCCAAAAAUAUACUAGCAGGUUCAACUGCACUUCAGCUAACUUUCUCAUCUGAUGGACACAAAUGGAUAAACAAUAAAUGAGAUCUACGCACUGACAAAGUUAGCCUACCAGACCAUGUUGAAAUCUCAUAACUGUGUGAAAUCCUUAUGCAACCAUUCAUUGGUUGCAUUGUUAAAGCACCCUUGUUGAGGCCACCCUAUUAAUAGAGAGACACUGCAGCAAGAAUCUGACCAUAAGAGAAGAGUAUAAAAGCGUAGUAAAGGGUGGGACAAGUGCAAUCUGCCCCAUAGGGAUUGAUAAGGAAAGAUGUGGACUUCAGUGGUCGCGAUCCCAACGUCUUUCUCUUGGCUGUGGAGCCAGGUCUGUUGGAACAACCUCACAAUGUUGUUCAUUUCUGUCAGUCUGCUUGCUCUUGCCCUGCUGUUGGAUUCUAUGAAGAGGAGGAAGAGAUAUCGUCGCUAUCCUCCAGGACCUACCCCUCUGCCUUUCAUUGGGAACUUGCUAGAGUUUGAAAGAAAAAAUCCACACAACAGCAUUCUACGUAUGGUGGAAAGAUAUGGACCAAUCCUAUCAUUCCAGGUUGGAUGGAAAAAAUUUGUAGUACUGAGUGGUUUCCAGACAAUAAAGGAGGCACUGGGACAAAAAGCUGAGAACUUCACCGAGCGAUCAUCAGUACCCUUGAUGGGCAUGAUAGGCCGUGGAAAGAAUUGUGAAGGAGUUCUUGUGGCCUCAUGUGACAAUGGCUGGAGGGAACAGAGACGAUUCUGUAUCUCCAACCUGAAAAGUCUUGGAAUGGGGAAGAAAACACUUGAAAAGAGAGUGUGUGAAGAAGCUGGAUAUUUGUGUGCUGAGUUGAAAGCUCAAGAAGGUUUUCCUUUUGACCCACAUGACUUCAUUUACACUGCAGUUGGCAAUAUUAUCUGUAUAUUAGCAUUUGGUGAUCGCUUUGAAUAUCACAGUAAAAACUUCCUGAACCUUCUGCAUUCAACUGAAGAGUUCCUAAAGGGAGCAACCAAAAUCUUGCCUCUGUGUCUUACUUAUAUAUCCUGGUUUUCCUAUCUUCCUGGACCUCAACAAAAAAUGAAGAAAGACUGGGAUGAUUUCAGUACAAUUAUAAAAGAGAUUGUGAAUGAACAUAAGAAAACGAGAGACUCCAACAAUCCAAGAGAUUUGAUUGAUGCAUUUUUGGAUGAGAUCGAAAAGGCCGAAGGGAACACGGAGACCAGUUUCAGUGAACAAAACCUCAUUCACCUUCUUCUUGAUAUAUUUGCGGCAGGCUAUGAAACCUCAUCUGCCACCCUCAUCUGGGGGCUUCUUUUCAUGGUCCUUCAUCCUGAAAUUCAGAAAAGAGUUCAUGAAGAAAUUGAUACAGUGAUUGGCAGAGUGAAAUCAGUCACGAUGGAAGACCGGUCAAGUCUACCGUAUACUACCGCCGUGAUCCAUGAAAUUCAGCGUAAUGCUGAUAUUGUACCAGUUGUAUUUCCUUAUGUGGCAUGCAAUGAUACUGAAGUUGGAGGGUUUGUCAUCCCUAAGGAGACAGUGGUCCUUAAUCAUUUGUCUUCUGUGCUGAAGGAUGAAACCAUGUGGGAGAAGCCACAUGAAUUUUACCCAGAGCACUUCCUCGAUGCAAAUGGGCAAUUUGUCAAGCGAGAGGCCUUCAUCCCUUUUUCUCUAGGUCGCCAUGCUUGCUUUGGAGAACCUUUGGCUAAAAUGGAGCUCUUCAUCUUCUUCACUAGCCUCAUGCAACAUUUUACUUUCAGCAUUCCUGAAAACGCCCCUAGACCCUCAGAGGAAAGGAUAUUUGGCAUGGCAGUCUUCCCAUCACCAUUCCAGAUCUUAGCAUUUCCCAGAUAAUGGACGAGAUCCUGUGAUGUUGCAUGUAGCACAAUUUUUCGGCACAUGGAAUUGCCCUACAGCUUCCCUAACACCAGACCCAAGAUUCACCCUGCUGUUCUGAUAGACCUUCCCCCAGCUAUUCAAUUAUUGGAAAAGAAUGGGGAGGAUCUGAGAAACAUUUGACAAGUUCCCAUCAUUAAAUUAAAGGACAUCUUAUGCUAAGGUCCGCAGGGGUUUUGUGGACUUCUGAGUAGAUGAUGUCAACAGUCCGCAUCUGGCUAUGGGAACAGGAUGAGAUACUUCUAUUAUCAUCUCCAGUUUCCACCAGCAGUAGAUAAGGAUUGGUUUCAGAAUAACUCAGUGAAUCAUAGAAUCAUAGAGUUGAAAGAGACCUCAUGGGCCAUCCUGUCCAACCUUCUGCCAAGAAGCAAGAAAAUCACAUUCAAAGCACCCCCGACAGAUGACCAUUCAGCCUCUGCUUAAAAACCUCCAAAGAAGGAACUUCCACCACACUCCGGGGCAGAGAGUUCCACUGCCAAAUAGCUCUCACAGUGAGGAAGUUAUUCUUAAUAUUCAGGUGGAAUCUUCUUUCCUAUAAUUUGGAGCCAUUGUUCCACGUCCUAGUCUCCAGGGCAGCAGAAAACAAGCUUGCUCCCUCCUCCCUAUGACUUCCCCUCACAUAUACAUGGUUAUCAUGUCUCCUCGCUGCCUUCUCUUCUGAAGUCUAAACAUGCCCAGCUCUUUAAAACAAUAAGUUGUAGUUAUUUUAAGCAUAUGUUUUAUGUUUUAUAUUUUAUACAGUAUUUACCUGGUUGUAAUACAUUUUUAUAUGUUGUUGUUUUAAUGAUGUGUCGGCAUCGAAUUGUUGCCAAUUGUACGCCGCCCUGAGUCCCUUCGGGUGAGAAGGGUGGGAUAGAAAUAUUGGAAAUAAAUAAAUUUACUUGUUAAAGUUAACAAUAUUAAAGGUUAGUAAAAUGUGCAGUGGUUUUUCUAAUAAAUAGCAUUAGAAAAUGUGUGCUUGGGCAAUGCUGGGCAUAUAAGGUAGAUAUUAAUAAAUAGUUGUCUUAGGUAAGUCAGACUCUUGGCCUCAGAGAAGCGUGCAGACAAUCCCAUUUAGAAUACAUUCUUAAAUUAUUGCCUGGGGCAAAUUACACAUGUUUGACUGUGAGUCACAUGCUCUCAGCCUCAGUAAAAGUUUUGUCAUCACCUUCCCCUCUAAAAUAUGCUUUAUUGUAUUGAUUGCCCCCUUGAAUGGUAAAGAGGUGCUGGCCAUGGAUUUCAGGAUUUUUUUAAAAAAAUUUUUUUGCCUCAUCCUAGCUUCAUGCUGGGUCCUUUCAUAGCCUAACCAUCUAAUGAUACCAGAUUUGGAUUUUUUCUUGGAAGUCAUAGUCUUUCAGCCUCAGAGCAAGGUGCAGACACACACACACACACAUAUCCACCUUCCAACAUAUAAAUAUUCAUUAAAUUGCAUGCUUCCUUAUUGGGUAGAUGUUUUGACUGUAGCCUUCAGUGCUGUAUUUUCUGCCUCAUGGCGCCGCAUUUCUAGAGCACUGCCCCUUAAACAAUGGGUCCCGACCCCAAAUGUAGGUGCAGCUCAAUGUUAGUGUUGUGAAAAUUUUGGCAACAGUAAAAGGUUUCUGAAUGGCACCUAGAAAUGUACAUUAAUCUGUUAAUAACAACCUACUAUAACACAGGCCGGGCUGUGGUACAGGCUGGUGAGCAGCCAGCUGCAACAAAUCACUCUGACCAAGAGGUCAUGAGUUCGAGGCCAGCUCGGAGCCUGUGUUUGUCUCUGUCUCUGUUCUAUGUUAAGGCAUUGAAUGUUUGCCUUAUAUAUGUGCAAUGUGAUCCGCCCUGAGUCCCCUUCGGGGUGAGAAGGGCGGAAUAUAAAUACUGUAAAUAAAUAAAUAAACCUGCAGAGUUUACAAUAAACUCUGCAGAAAUUGCUUCCGCUGUACUUAAUAAAAAGGAAAAUAAACUUUUUGGCAA